AAUGGGUACAAGAAAUCUGUGGAUGUUAAGUUUCCCCCAAAAGAUCUGAUUCAUUUAUAAGGACAUCCAUCAAAAGGGUUUCUUCCGCAUCGAUCAGAGCUUCCUACUCACUGCACCUACUGUCCUAACAGCAUCACUCACUCAAUGGCUUCUUCCCUGCUGGUUAAAACACUUGUACUACUCUCAGCAAUCGCAUGGGUGGCUGCUCUCAACUCUUCUUCUCCAGCUUCGUCUUCUUGGCUAAGUAUAAGUCCAGCUCAAGCUGAAGUCGAAUCUGUAAGAUUUGUAUGCAAAUCAACGCCAUACCCAGAUGUCUGUUAUAAUUCAAUGAAGCUCUCCAUUUCAAUAAACAUCAACCCAACAACCAUCAUCGAUUUCGCCCUUCAAUCUCUAAAUAUUGCAGCUAAGGAGGUAGGGAAGCUGACGGAUCUCAUCCUGGAAGCCGAGAAAUUGAAGGGGGUAAUGAUAGUGGAGAAACAAAGGGGAGCCAUCCAAGACUGCAAGGAACUACACCAAAUCACUGUCUCUACGCUGCAGAGAUGCUUGUCACGGAUUCAGACGUCGUCGUCAAAGAAUUCCGGCCACAUGGUGUCGGACGUCAAGGCGUACCUGAGUGCGGCUGUCACGAACAAGAACACGUGCUUGGAGGGCCUUGAAUCUGCAACGGGCCCAUUCAAACCGGUCCUGGUGAAUGCACUAGUCAGUGCCUACAAGGACGUCAGCAAUUCGCUGUCAAUAAUGUCAGAGGUACAGCGCCCACAUCAAGAAGAAGAAGACGGUGGUGGUGGUGGUGGUGGUGGUGGUGGGCGGCGUCUGAUGGGUUUUCCUCCGUGGUUGAAGAGGAGGGAUCGGAGGAUAUUAAUGAAAUUGGAGGAUGAUCAUGAUCAGUACAAUGCUGGUGCUGUGCUGACGGUGGCUGUGGACGGGACGGGAAACUUCACGACCAUCACGGACGCCAUAAACUUCGCACCAAACAACAGCUACGACGACAGGACAACCAUCUACGUGAGGAAAGGGGUAUAUAAAGAAAACGUCGUGAUUCCCAGCUAUAAGCCUAACAUUGUCCUCUUGGGAGACGGGGCUGAUGUCACUCUGGUUACCGCUAGCAGAAGCGUGGGCGAUGGAUGGACUACUUUCAGAUCUGCUACACUUGCGGUCUCUGGCGAUGGGUUCUUGGCACGCGACAUAAGCUUUGAGAACACGGCUGGACCAGAAAAACAUCAAGCAGUAGCUCUGCGAGUGAACGCGGACCUCACUGCAGUCUACAGGUGCAUCAUCAAUGGGUACCAGGAUACUCUGUACGUGCAUUCGUUUCGCCAAUUCUACAGAGAUUGUGACAUAUCAGGGACUGUGGAUUUCAUCUUCGGGAACGCAGCUGUUGUGUUCCAGGCAUCUACUCUCAUCGCUAGACUGCCCAUGCCCGGCCAAUUCAACGUCAUUACGGCCCAGUCCAGAGACGACCCGGACGAGAACACCGGCAUCUCCAUCCAGAAUUGCACCAUUGUAGCCUCUGACGACUUGUAUAACUUCAACAACGCCACCUUCAACACUGUAAUUAAGAGCUACCUUGGAAGGCCUUGGAAGAUCUACUCCACCACUGUCUAUCUAGAGUCUUACAUCGACGAUCUCAUCGACCCAGCCGGUUGGACAGAGUGGUCAGGUCAGUUGGGUUUGGACACUCUGUACUAUGGUGAGUACGAUAACAGUGGGCCCGGCUCUGUGGUCGACAACCGGGUCACCUGGCCUGGCUAUCACAUCAUGGAUUACGACCAAGCCUCCAACUUCACCGUCUCCCAAUUAAUCGCAGGUGAUGAAUGGCUCGACUCUACUACGUUCCCUUACGACGAUGGAGUAUGACAUUUAUAUAACUACACGAGUGUGGAGAAACCAUUUUUGUGUUUCCUCUUUCUUCUUAGUAAUUUUCCCCUUCCUUUUCUUUUGGUUACAAAUACAAUCUUUUGAGUUUCUCAUGA